UUGCAUUGUUAUCUAUUUAGAGUUGAUUUUGGAAAACAGUCUAGUGGAGAUGUAUUUGUUACCACAGGAUUUUCUAACUGGAGUGUUAAGGGCAGACUUCAAAAUCAUGUUGGAGUGCCAAAUAGUGCACACAAUAUUGCCUACAGAAAGGCUGAAGAUUUGAUGAAACAAAUCCAACAUAUUGAUCUUGCCAUCUCCAAGCAGUCUGAUCAAGUUCGUGAAAUAUAUCGGCACCGAUUAUCUGCUUCACUUACUUGCAUUCGCUUCCUUUUGAAACAAGGGUUACCUUUUCGUGGCCAUGAUAAAUCUGAAGCAUCUUCUAACCAAGGUAACUUUCUUGAACUUCUAAAGAUUCUUGCAGCUUGUAAUGAAGAUAUAAGAAAAUGUGUUUUGCAAAAUGCCCCUGAUUGAGGUGUUUGAGUCCAUACAAGUCCUUUGAAGCAUUUGACAAGCUCAAGUUGAUUGAAUUUGCUACAUUUUACCCAAGUGAUUUCUCGAGUAUGGAGUUGGUAGUUCUUGAAAAUCAGUUGGAGACUUAUAUUAUUGAUAUACGAAGUAAUGAUGAAUUUUCAGAGUUGAAAGGAAUUGCUUGCCUCGCAGAGAUGUUGGUGAAGACGGGGAAACAUCGUGUUUAUCAGUUAGUUUAUUUGCUUCUGAAGUUAGCACUGACAUUACCUGUUGCUACAGCCAAGGUUGAAAGAGCUUUUUCUGCGAUGAAAAUUGUGAAAACCGAGUUUCGAAAUCGGAUGGGAGAUGAUUGGAUGAAUGAUUGUUUAGUUCCUUAUAUAGAAAGUGAUGUGUUUGAUAGCAUUGACGAUGAGUUAAUUAUUCAACACUUUCAAAAUAUGCAAGCACGCCGAGGACAACUAUAGAGGUACAUUUUCUUUUACUAUAUCUAUGUAUAUUUAUUUAGUCUUUUUUUUAUUCUCAUGUAGUAUAUAAUUAGUGUUAUAUGUGUGCAUACACUGAGCUCCGAUGCCUAGGUCCGCCACUGGAAACGACCGUCCGGCGGGGGAGUCGAGGAAGGAGUAUAUUAUGGGGUUUGCUUUCACAGUUGGGUGUGCAGCUUUGCUGGGGUUGCUUUUGCCGUUGGUGGAGUUGAGUUAUAGUAAGGUGAAGAUGGCCAGGACUGAGUAUAGUAUGGUUCUGGAAUUUCAGAUGGUUCUGUGUUUUGCUGCCACUCUUUUCUGCACGGUUGGAAUGUUAAUCAACCAUGAUUUCCAGGCAAUAACAAGGGAAGCAAGAGAGUUUGAAUUAGGAAAAACAAAGUACUACUUGGUAAUAGUGGGGAAUGCAAUAUUUUCACAGUUCUAUUUCGUGGGAGCCCUUGGAGUGACGUCUUACGGCUCAUCUCUGCUGUCUAUGGUCAUCAUCACCGUCCUCCUCCCCAUCACGGAGCUAUUGGCCGUCAUCUUCUAUCACGAGAAGUUCCAGGCCGAAAAGGGCAUUUCUCUUUUCCUCUCCCUCUGGGGAUUUGUUUCUUACUUCUACGGAGAUGUAAAAAACAAUAUCAACAAAAAGAACCAGCAACCGGCGGCCCAGGAAAUUGCCGAGUUGCCCUCUUCCGUCAUUUCACCGUCAAGAAGUGUGACCGGUCCUUGAAGUCGUAGCGCAACACAAAUCGCAGUCCAUUUCAUUGGACCGGCCGGCCGGCCGGCCGGCCGGCUUUCAUCAUCUGCUUUAGUCUGUCUAGUACUUUAGUCGCAUGAUAAUGGUCUUCCAAAUGCUUUGUGUAGUGCUUGUCACUUGAAAUUCAAUGUCUUGGAUAGUGAGUGGCAUUUUAAGUUUAAAAAAUGUCAUUCUUGACUACUGAGUGUGUAAAAAUAAGAAGUAAUUAAUGAUUUGUGUGUGAUUUAAAUAAAAAUGAUUUAUUA